CCUCUCCCUGCGCGCUGCAAACCCAACUCCGGCCCCGGAGCGAGGGAAAGAAGCCGUCAGGCACGAGGACCGGCGGGCGGCCGAGCGAGGAGGCCCCCUCGGCGGCGUCUCUUGUUGCCAGGCAGAGGCGUCCCCGGCGCCCGCAGCUAGGCGGGGAGGCGGGAAGGGCCCGGCGGCAGCGGCGGCGACGGGCGGUUCCAUGAGGCGUCUCCGCAGCCUUUGCACCUGCUGCUGCUGCUGCUGCUGUCAGGUGGCGUCGGCGGGAGCUCGUGACCUGCCUCGCGCCUCGAUGGGCAGCCGUGGGCUCUGAGGGGCGCCGGACCCUCGACGGGGAUGUGCCAUCUGAGCCGCCCCACAAAUGGCUCUCGGCGACGAGGCGGCGGUGGCGCCUGCUGCUGCUUCCACCAGCACCAGCACCCUGAGGUGUGAGCUUCCCGUGCGCCUGCGGGGACUCUUUGCAGCAGGCAUCUCGCGGGCUUGGGCUACCAGCGUUGGCCUCAGGCUGCUGCUGCUGCUGCCGCCCCCGCUGCCGCCAUGCCCUGAUCGGAGAAGCGCCGAGGCAGCCGCGGCCACCAAAGGGCCCCUUUUCAAGGCUGCCAUGCUCCUCGGGGUGCUCUUAGUCCUUUGCCAACGGGUCCAGGCGGAGCAAGGUACUGAGCAACAGCAGAUAAAUGUUGCCCCCUCUUCAGAGUCUUUUACCAACUGGAGAGCUAUAUUAUCACCAACAUGGCCUUCUAGAGAACUUGAGUCUUCCUCAGUGGGUGACAUUUCAAUGAGGCAAGCCUUGGAGAAUGCCAAUCUGCUUCAGAUAAUAAAAAGUACUUUAGCAGAGACACGGACAAGAACUAUGGACCAAACUAGGUUUUUGCCAAGCCUAUAUCAAGGCAGUGGCAACAGUGCAUCCCAAGAACCUUCUGAGGUAUCUGCUGAAUCACCAAUGAAGUCUCAAGAUGCUGACGAAAUGACUAUUGUAUCAGGUUUGCCUCAAAUCAAUGUGUUAUCCGCAUUGUCCACAUCAUCACCAGUGACACAUUCAACUACUACUGUGUCAUCCCAGAUAAUUCCAUAUGCAACAUCCUCCAUUUCAAAAGAAAUCACAUCGGGAUCAGACAUAUUUUCAACCUCUCCAUUACCAUCCCCUUUGCCAUUGGUAAAGGAAUCACCUCAUAUCAUAAUUGUUUCCAAUUUGACUGUGCCACCCACACAAGUGCCUUUGUCCACAGAUACAGAAAAUUCAUUCAGCGUAAACACAGUUAAUAAUUAUUUAAAUAAAACUUUAGGUAAUCCACAGAGUACGAUAGUGCCUGGAAAUUCCAGCGCAACAGAAUAUGCAGUAUCCAAAAAGGAUGGCAAAGAGUUUUCUGUUUCCACCUUAUUUAGUAAUAAUAUUGGAUUGAUUAGUGGUCAUUCCACAAUACCAGCAGGGACACAAUCACACCCAGAAGAUAGGAAACUGCAUUCUCCUGCUUUGCAUGCAAUAAUAUCCAACAAGACUUCUCUCCUAUUAUCCAGUCACAGAGUGCCAUUGAAUUCUAGCAGAAAUAUUUUUUUCUCUGGAUUCACUCACAGAGCAUCUUUUGUAGCAGUGCUCCCGAAUAAGCCACCAGAUGCCAUGACACAUCAUAAGGAGAGUAGCAUAUAUGCAACUGCAUCAUCUACAGUUCAUGAGAACAAGACAAUUCCUUGGAUUUCUGCAUCAGCCACCCAUACCUUAAGUACUUCACCUGCACAAGUUAAAAUGAUGACUGAUUUGCUGUCUUCAUCACUUGCAAGUUCUUCCAAAGCAGUAUCUGAAAAUCCAAGACCUUUUAGUUUGUCUCUCCCAGCUGUGCCAACUGGAGCUAUUUCAGAGGCAAUAAGCAAAAAUAAUGUGAUCGCUCCAGCACCCGCACCUACUAGUAUACCAGCUUUUUAUCCAGCAGAUAAAGUCAUUUCCUUAAUGGAGGGGACAAAUCAAACUUCCAAUGCAGCUGGACAUCAGACUGUUUCAGCACCAAAUGAUAAAGUUGCUUCCAAUAUUCAUUUAACAAAUCCUUAUGCCACAGAAUCAAAAACAGAGAUUUCUAAUACAGCUUAUGAAACCAGUGAAAACACACCUCCCAUAGUCUAUGAAGCCUUGGUAAGAUCAUUACAACGUCGGUCUUUCACCAGAGAUGCUAGUGACGCAGUGUUCACAAACGUUGAUGUGAAUAGAUUAUUUCCUUAUCAGUCACCAGGAAUGCAAACCACAAAUGUUUCUUUAGAAACUCCUGCCAACAAGCAAAUUCUCAAGAGAAUUUUGCCAUUUGAAAGAACCAGCUCCAAUAAAUUUUCAGUAUCUUUGCCAACUUCUGUUGGGGGCCUUUUAAAAUUUCGCUCCACAGCUAUGUUUAUAUCUCCUCCUAAUAAUUUUAGAAAUUCUCGAUUAGCAGAUUCUAAUGUGGGAAGGCCAAUGCUUAGCUUAAUAGAAGAGGCGGAGAGAAAUGUGAAGGUAUCCACCACUGUGAUGCCCCAUGCAGAAUAUUUAUCUCAUCUACCUUUAAAUGAAUCUGAUGCUAAAAUGCAUGAAACCUUACAUACAGCUGAUACUUCCUUCAGGACUGCUAUUUCACCUUUGGACAUAUACAUGUUUCGCUCUUCUACUCCAGCAACAGAACGUUUGGAAAGCUCGGUGCCUGGUUCCCUAGAAGUUUCGAAAGGCAUCUUAGAAACUUCAAAUGCAGGAAAGAUUUUUAAAACCACAUCAUUGGCUUCUGUGUGGGACCCUGGAAGCUGGCUGUCAUCUACUGGCAUAAGUAUGUCUUCAGGAAAGACCACAACCCAUGUGUCCCGUGUUGCAGAGGACUAUGUGAGCCCUACAGCUUUAAGAACAAUAUAUACAGUGGUCCCAGGCCUGCAGCAGCAAACAAAUUAUGUAAAUAAACAAAUCCCUUCUAGCACAGCCACGUCACCCAUUAGUAAAUUUGUAACAGUUCUCCCAAAUUCUUCAGUUUCAAGUGGAAGAAAUUCUAAAAGCUUCACAGAAUUUAACACAUACCCAUUGACUGUAGAAGCAUCUUCUGGCCAGUAUGCAUCCUUUCCAAAUAACCGAAGUGCUCUCUCACAGGGCACAGAAGUCCCAUCACUGCAAUCUAAAAAAGACACUCAUACACAUGGAAAUAUUUUGGAAUAUUUUACUGUCAGGAAUAUGAAUGUCACUUCGAGCUUUGGGAAGAAUUCCUAUCCUGUGUAUGAGGACUUCACAGCUGCUAAUACGAGGCCGUCUACUAGCACAGAUGCAUUUUCCUCUAUUUUGACAACAUAUGAUCACUUAUGGCCUUUUGUUUCUUAUGCCAAGUCCCAGAAGCCUCAAACAACUAAUUCUGGAAACCUUUUUGCAUCAACAGAUGCCUUCUAUGCAACAUCAUCUCCCCUAUCACUGGCUUCUCAAUUCAUUGGUAAAUUAACUGUUCCAGUAAAUAAGGAAAUUAGUGCUGUUAGCAGUAAAAAAACAACAUCUCACAGCCUGGUACAUGAAUUGCUAAGCUCAACACCAGUAUUAAAUGCUGAAGAAUACAUGACUUCAGGAAAACCAACACAGUUCACAAAUGGCCCUGUUUCAGGAGCAAAUAUUCACUUGAAUAAACAGCUAACAAGUACAGGAGGGUGGGACACAAAAGGUACAAGUGAUAUAGAUACAGUUAAAAUGCAUAAUGAAGCCACAAAGAUCACUCCAUUGCAAACACAUACCACUAACACAGCCAUCAUAACCUCUGUUCAUGCAUCACAAACACGACUAACUACUCCUUUGUUGCCAAAAACCAACUUUACCCAUUCUGUCAUUACAGUGUUACCGUCUGUGUCUCCUGGUGUAACACCAUCUGUAGCAACUUCAGAAGCAACACCAGUUACAGGAAAAUCAGCUCCAACAUCACCAAUGCUGACUUCAUCCUUGUUCUCACUGAGCACUGAAAAUUCGCCAUCUGUGAUGGCAUUAAGCACGUUAAUAUCAACACUAGCAAAAAAUAAUACUGCCACAAAAAUGGCACCAACUUUAAGCCCAGUAGUGACACGUGCAGCCUUUCCAGUUGUAUCAACAGAUGCGUCUACAACACCUGUGCACUCCACUAGCUCAUUUCCAGUCACAAAAACUAGUACAGUUUCAGCCCCCACAACACAUGCACCAAGACAAACUGAAACAACAACACAUGACACCAAGAAAUCCACAAGUUCAGACACCAGUAAAACAUCAACUGCAUACCCACUGACAAUUACAGCAGCUUUGACAUCUAUUACAGCAUCAGCGAAAACAGCUAGACUUCUCCCUACACCUGCCGAAAAUACUUCCGCUGCUACUACAACAGUGUCAACUUUUGCUAAUGUGACAACAGUUCUUCCUUUGGAAUGCCAGCUCUCCAGAAACCUUCUCAUUAAGACAGUUUUGUUUCUGAACACAAGAAGACUGCUGCUGAGCGACUCCUUAAAGCAGAAUGUCACAAAAGGUCUCACCCAGGCAUUGCGACGAGCUUUCAACCAAAAUGUCAAUGCUCAAGUUGAAGUUCUGGAACAGUCAAACAAUGUGACAGUUGGUUACUAUGUAACUCACGAGAGUCUGGUUUUUGUACCUGCUGUGGUUAUCGAAAUGUUAAUUGCAUAUGGUGUGAGCAAUGCCACCUUGGAUAUUAAGCAACAUGUGCCAAAUCUUCAUUCUGUUGCUGUAUUAGCCUUGCCAUGGGACCCACUGCCAGCUUACCACUUUCAGCUGAAAACAGAACUGCAGUUUGUGGGUCAAUCUGACAACAUACAGUCAUGCAGAUUUAUUCAGACCAUGGAACAAAGAUUGCAGAAAGCAUUUCAGGAUGCUGAGAGAAAGGUCUUGAACACCAGUAGCAAGUUAACUGUUCAGAUACUGAGCACAUCAAAUGUUUCUCAGGCUGUAACUCUCUUUUAUGUGGUGAAAAAUGAAAGCACAGUCUUAAAUGGCACCGUGUCGAGCUACCUUCUCAAUCAUCUUUCAGCAGAAUUGGUGGGAUUCUAUCUCACCUACCCACCCCUGAAUAUUGCUGAAGCUUUGGAAUAUCCAAAUCUAGACACUUCAGAAGCAACUAGAGACUACUGGGUUAUUACAGUUAUACAGGGAGUUGACAUUACAUUGCUGGGGGUGAAUAAUCAGAGUUUUGCAAGACUAAUGGAGCAGCGUUUAGCACCACUCUUCAUGAUGUCCCAUCAACAAGGAAGACGAUUUAAAAGAGCCACUACAGUUGGCAGCUAUACUGUGCAGAUGGUAAAAAUGCAGCGAAUUCCAGGUCCUAAGGAGCCUGCUGAAUUGACCUAUUAUACUAUAUACAAUGGGAAACCUUUGUUGGGCACUACAGCUGCCAAAAUUUUGAGCACUGUUGAUUCACAGAGGAUGGCCUUGACACUGGGAUAUGUCGUUCAAGUACAAGCUGAUCCUGUGGUGAAAAACCCACCCAACAAUCUAUGGAUCAUUGCUGCAGUGUUGGCUCCCAUUGCUGUGGUUACAGUCAUCAUCAUCAUUAUCACGGCAGUUCUGUGCAGGAAGAACAAAAAUGACUUCAAGGGAGACACCAUGAUGAACUUGCCACAGAGAGCCAAACCAGUCCAAGGAUUUGACUAUGCCAAGCAACAUUUGGGCCAACAGGGAGCUGAAGAUGAGGUUUUGCCUGUAACCCAAGAGACUGUAGUACUGCCGCUUCCAGUGAGAGAUGCUCCUGCCUCUCAGGAGAGGGAAAUUAUUCAGGAUGGAAGCACUGCUAAAAUUGCAAAGUCCAAUGACACAAGAAAGAGCAGGUCGCCUAGUGAGAACGGUUCUGUCAUCAGCAACGAAUCAGGAAAGCCCAAUUCAGGCAGAAGCUCUCCACAGAAAGUAAUGGCACAGCAGAAAGUGACAAAAGAGGAGGGAAGAAAGAGAAAUGGUUUUAAAUCCUCAAAGAAAAUUGUGCCCACAAGUGAUGAAGAGGAGGGAGAUAUGCUCUUUGAUAGCAUUGCCAAGUCUGCCAUUGAUCCCUUCGACACAUCUUCUGGAUCUGUACAGUUGAUUGCCAUAAAGCCUGUAGCUUUGCCUCCCGCACACACAUCUUCAGACAGGAAUCAGGAAACGGCUGUCCUUAAUGGAGAGGUUAACAAAGCCUUGAAGCAGAAAUCUGAUAUAGAGCACUAUCGCAACAAAUUACGCCUGAAAGCCAAGCGAAAAGGCUAUUAUGACUUUCCCCAAGUUGAUAAUAACAAAGGCUUAGCAGACAGAAAAAAGAUGUAUGAAAAAGCACAAAAUGAAAUAGAUCAUAUUUUGGAUCCUGAUACGGAUGGAUCUUCUCCGUUUGUAGAACCCAAAAACAGGCAACAAAUGAAGAACUCUGUUUACCGAAGCAGGCAGUCUUUGAACAGUCCAAGUCCAGGAGAAACUGAAAUGGAUCUGCUUGUUACACGAGAGAGACAAAGGCGUGGUAUCCGCAACAGUGGAUAUGAUACUGAGCCUGAAAUGAUAGAAGAAACAAAUGUUGACCGUGUCAAUGAGCCCCGAAAUUAUAACAGAGCUCAUCAAGCAAAAGGCCAUUCAGAGACAUCGACUCUGAGUUCCCAGCCAUCCAUUGAUGAAGUCAGACAACAGAUGCACAUGCUACUGGAAGAAGCCUUUAGUUUGGCCUCAGCAGGUCAUGGAGGACAGAGCAGGCAGCAAGAUGCAUACAGUUCUACACAGCAGUUGCCAUACUCUGAAGUUGUGACCAGUGCUCCUGGUACCAUGUCUCGACCCAGAGGGGGAAUACAGUGGGUGCCUACCUAUAGACCAGAAGUGUAUCAGUACAGUUUGCCAAGGCCUGCAUAUAGAUUUUCUCCACUCCCUGAAAUGGUGAUGGGUUCUCCACCUCCUCCUGUGCCUCCUAGGACGGGACCUGUUGCCGUCACCUCUCUUAGGAGGUCGACGUCCGAUAUUGGCAGCAAGACAAGAAUAUCAGAGUCCAGUGGAACUGAACAGAUUCAGCCGCAUGAUCAUGCCCCUUUUGUCCCAGUAUCAAGAGCCCCAGUAUCUGUGGCUCCAUUGGAUCAAUCAGCCUUGAAUUACUCAGGAAGUACAGUUCCUGCAGUGUUUGCCAUCCCAGCAGCAAACCGACCCGGGUUCACAGGCUAUUUCAUCCCGACACCACCUACUGCAUACAGGAACCAAGCUUGGAUGUCCUAUGCGGCAGAAAAUGAAUUACCAGGGCAAUGGGCAGACUCGGUCCCGCUUCCUGGCUACAUAGAAGCUUAUUCACGGCCACGUUACCAACACAACCACUCUCCUUCAAGACUUCCUCGUCAAUACAGUCAACCAGCAAAUAUGCACUCUGGCCUGGAACAAGUCCCACUGCCGCCUUCUGCUGCUUCUCAACAGAGCCUAACAGAAAAUUACCCAUUGGAUAGCCCACUCAACAACCUUUCCACAGCUGCUCUGGUGAAGGCAAUAAGAGAAGAAGUUGCUAAGCUAGCCAAGAAACAAACAGACAUGUUUGAAUUUCAGGUCUGAUGGCUUCUUGCGGUGAAAGUUUGCAUCACAUCACUUGUAGGCCCUCUAGCUGUUAAUUCAGACUUAUUGUGGCUUGUGCCAAAGCAAUGCCAUUUUUCUAUUCUGAAACAAUCAACCCUGGAUUAAAAAGAAAAGUGAGUAAAUAGAGCAGUCAGUCUGACUAUCAGUUCUCUACCUAUAAGGCAGGUAUUCCCAGGCAACCGUUGUAAAAUAUUGAUGUAUUAUAUUUAUGAUAUGCAACUGUCUGUCACAUACCUCUUGUUCCAUGAAGCCUUCAUUGUUGGAGACUUUCUUUCAACCAUCUGCCUGUCUAAUAUUCCAUUAUAUUAAGAGCUUGGGAAGCACAAAUAUAGAUCAUUCUGUAGCAACUUGUGCAUGUAAAAAAAGUAAACCUUUUUUAUUCAGAAAAAAACCAUAGUAAUAAUAUGAAAACUAAGGGCCAUAUAUUCAUAUAUUUGUAGUUCAGCUGAUACAAUAUCAAAAAGACUGAUGGCAACAAAGCAAUAGAGCUCAGCUCUGCCUAGAGACCACAUUUAAACCAUACAAAUCUGAUGUGAAGAGUCCUUUGUAAAUAUCCCAAAAGUCACAAUCUUUGCUCAUAAUCCAAAACCGACAAAGAGGAAAAGAACAGUAAAAAGGCCCGCUAGCAUAAAUGGUGUCUAAAGAGCUGGUCUAAUGUUACUGUUGAGUUGCACAGAAUUGUUUUCAGUGUUCUGUCUCUCUUCACUGUGAAACGGGAAAGAUACAGAAAUGCUCCCUGGAACCUCCCAGUGAAAACAGAUUCUUUGAAUGUGCCUUACAUUCAAAAAGGUUUUCAUUCUGAACACAUGGCGGAACUGGUAAAUUUGAGAACCUUGAGUCUGUCUCAGUCUGGAAUAAUGAAUACACCUGCUUUUUCUUAAAAAAAGGGGGGGGAGACACAACCCUCUGUUUCACAGAGAGCUCUGUCCUUCUCUUGUAAACAAUGAUGUCUAGUGAAGUGAUGCCAGAAGCAGCUUAACAGACUUGACUCUGAUUACACUCAACCAAUGACUACGCAAACUUAAGGAAUCGCCAUAUCUUUGGGGGUUGACUACAGUCUUUUCUUAAAGUGUAAAUAAGUAAACAAAUCUAUGGGACAAAACAGUGUUCUGUGAAUCGGGUGGGAACUUGCAGCCCUCCCAGAUGUUGUUGAAUUCUUAACUCCCCUAUCGGCCCCAGCCAGCAUAGCCAGUGGUUAGGGAGGGCGGGAGCUGCAGUCAAAACAGUGUCUGCUGUGCUGCAGGUUCCUGCUAUGAGUGGCAGUGUGGGAAGUGAUAUUUUGCCAAAUCCAGGGCUGUAAGUUCUGGAAGCUAAAAGUAAUUCAUUGUUCUAUCGCACUGUCAUGAAAACACAGCCUCAAAAUAGCAGAAUGAAACUCUAUGCUGGCUCACCUUGGGCAGCUGCAAAAUAAAAAUAAAAAUGGUGGACUGUUACAAAAAACACACACAUUUUAGUUCCUAAAUGUAUAAUGUAACUUUAGGGCAAAUAGAAAUUGCCUAUGGGGUAUCAUACUGCGUGUAUUGAUGUCUACCAGAGUAAACAUUUCCUUGAGCUUAUUAAUUUAUUCAGCCUCAACUUUGUCCUCUGAUCAGCUAAUUUCAUCCCCCCCCCCGUGAGUUUCUUUGGUCUUUACUUACUGCAGAGAAACAAACAAAGCAAACAGAAACAGGAGUUUAAAGUAAAGCACAGAAUUUUUAAGCAAACACAUUAAAUAUGAAAAAUAUAUUUCCAAGUGUGCAACUUAACUGUCAUGAUAUAUAGUAAGUCCUUGCCAAAGGUCCUAGUAAUUACAGAACCUUUUGGUGUCAUUGUUUUCUUGUUAUUUCAAUAAAAUUGCAUAUAAAUAAAAUUGUAUUUUUGUAAUCAUCAUGUAAAUAAAUAGUUAGUGUAUAUUUAUAGAAAUGAUCAACCUACAAAAGAAAAUAAAUAACCAUAAAUUACCAGCAAAAAUAAUUUUAAAAUCAACUGAUACAUAGGCUAGUGAGACAACUGAAUUGAAGAACCAAAGAAACUUAGUCACCCAGAAGAUUAAGUCUAAUAAGAAUGAUCUUUUAAUCUAUCAGCAAAUCAAAACUAAUUGUAUCAUUGCUAUACAUUCAUAUCGUGUGUAUUCAAUUGUUGUUUGUUCCAAAAAUGUAGUCAACAGUGGGUAUGAAAAAGUGGGCAACUGAAUCCUGAUUAAUGUAGGUGAAUUUCUGACAUCACUGUUCCAUCUACUUGAAGGAAGGACAAGUGAAUCCUGAUUAAUGUAGGUGGAUUUCUGACACACUGGCUUGAUGUUGUGUUCCUCUGGUGCUGCUAACACCCUAGGACAUUUCUGCUUCAGCCUCCCUCACCUGGGAGUGGGUGAGGCGGGCAGCAUGAGGUAAGAAGGAACAUAGUCCGAAAUUGAGGGCUGCUUGUUGGGAAUUUAAUAUCAACUAUUUACUAUUUCAGUUAAACAGAACUAAACACCUCUGUAGUAGCUUCUUAAUUUUAUUUUUGAAAAUAGCUCAAUUCAGCACUUAUCAAAUCUUACAUUAGGUUUUGAAUCAUACUGAUAAUUUCAGUUUUACUUAGUUGAGAAUGUAAAUUUAUUUGUUUAAAAACAUACGUUAAACUAACCAAAUUAGAAGGCUUGUAGGAGUAUUACAUUUUAGAAUCUUGAAUAUCAGCCAUGCAAGGUGCUUAAGUAUAAAUUCCUUCAGGGUUUUAAACCCUUUGGCCUCCUGUCCAUAAAUUUCAUUUCAUUCUUGAGGCCUCUGCAAGCCUGAGAUAGAAAAGUGGAUUAUGUGAUAACUUUUUGAAGACAUUAUUAAAAAGAAACCUGCUAUUCACUUAAAUAGUCCUAAUCCAGUAUGGAGUUAUAUUUACCCAAGUCAAUGGGACACAUAAUUUUGCACUGGUUUCUGGCUAUUAUAUUUGGUCACAGGGAAAUACUGAUGAAUCCUAAUUCAUUCAAACAAUACAUAUUUUAAAUUGUAUCAUUUACAAUUUAAUUAUCUAAGUAAGUAUUUUAUAAAACCGCCCCUCUGUGCAUACUUCAUAGAUACAGUUGUCAUAAUAUCCUUAUUCAAUAAGCAAUUCAUUUUGUUGUUAACAUGUUUGUGUAAUUUGUAGAAGUUGCAAGCAGGAUUAUUGUUUCAAGACUAAAGGGGACAUUGCUGGAAAGAGGAUACUCUUAACAUUCAGUAUCUGUGAGCACGAUGCAAUCAUGGAGUCAAAAUAUGGUGUAUAAAUAAUUUGAUAUAUAUUAAACAUUUUGUAUGGCAAUAGUUGCAACACAGUUUUUCAAUUAGAGAUCACCCCUGUGCAAAGACAUUCAUAUUGCAAGCAUAGGUGGCUGCAUGUAAUACUGUAGAAAACCUAAUUUGAAAGCAUAUUUUUCCUUGGAAUGUUUUUGAAAUUGACUUUUGCUAACCACUAAAUGCUUUUACAUGCAGCUUUAUUUACUCCAAAAUGACUGAAUAUAUUGUUUAAACAAGAUAAGCGUAAACAAAAAAAACCACAACUAAUAUUAUAUG